UUGUAGCGGACGACUCCGGAAUUGCUGAACAAAACGCCUUCAACUUCAUUUCGAUUCAUCAGUCAAAAAGUAAUCAUGGCGGCGAUUGAUGUUGAGCCACCGAAAAUGGAGCCUUCCCUGCGUACUCUGAAACUGUCAGGGCAUGUCGGUUUCGACAGCCUCCCAGAUCAGUUGGUGAACAAGAGUGUGCAGAACGGGUUUGUCUUCAAUAUCCUGUGCAUAGGUGAGACAGGCCUGGGCAAGUCGACCCUGAUGGAUUCUCUUUUCAACACUAACUUUGAGUCCACUCCCAGCCCACACAACCUGCCCACUGUGAAGCUAAAGGCCCAUACGUAUGAGUUGCAGGAGAGCAGUGUUCGGCUGAAGCUAACAAUAUGCGACACGGUGGGGUACGGAGACCAGGUGAACAAGGAGGACAGCUUCAAGGCGGUGGUGGACUACAUCGAUGCUCAGUUCGAGGCGUACUUACAAGAGGAGCUGAAGAUCAAGCGUGCGCUGCCCACAUACCAUGACAGCCGCCUGCACGUCUGCCUCUACUUUAUCUGUCCUACUGGUCACGGUCUGAAAUCCAUCGACUUGGUGUGCAUGAAGAAACUGGACACCAAAGUGAACAUCAUUCCCAUCAUCGCCAAAGCCGACACCAUCUCCAAGACGGAACUGCAGAAGUUCAAGUCGAAGAUAAUGCAAGAGUUGCAAGCGAACGGCGUGGAGAUCUAUUCGUUCCCGACGGACGACGAGUCGGUGUCGGAGGUCAACGGCGGCAUGAACGCGCACGUCCCCUUCGCCGUCGUCGGCUCCACCGACUUCGUCAAGUGCGGCAACAAGACCGUGCGCGCGAGGCAGUACCCCUGGGGCACCGUGCAAGUGGAGAACGAGUCCCACUGCGACUUCGUGAAGCUGCGCGAGAUGCUGAUCCGCACCAACAUGGAGGACAUGCGCGAGAAGACGCACGCGCGACACUACGAGCUCUACCGCCGCCGCCGCCUGCAGCAGAUGGGCUUCAGCGACGUCGACGCCGACAACAAGCCGGUGUCGUUCCAGCAGACGUUCGAGCAGAAGCGCGUGGCGCACCUGGCCGAGCUGCAGCAGAAGGAGGACGAGAUGCGCCAGAUGUUCGUGCAGCGCGUCAAGGAGAAGGAGGCCGAGCUCAAGGACGCCGAGAAGGAGCUGCACGCCAAGUUCGACCGUCUCAAGAAAGACCACACGGACGAAAAGAAACGCUUGGAGGAGCUUCGCAAGAAAAUCGAGGACGACACCAUCGAGUUCAACCGCCGCAAGCAGCACGCCGCCACGCACCACCACACGCUCACGCUCGGCAAGAGCAAGAAGAAGUAACCGCCGAUGGAUACCACGACAGAAUUGCUAGGGAUCGUCUGUU